AUGGCCUUUUGUCACCCCCGAGACGUUCCCGGCGGCCCAGUGCCGGCAAAAGACCAGCUACUCGAAACCGGAGCCGGCCUGAUGCAAGACUUCCAACCUGUGAAGCAGAUCUGCGCCCACUUGAACGCCUUCCACACCUAUGCCGACGAACCUGGCCGGUUUGUAGAGGCGAACCAUUAUUGCACGCAUCUGACCUCAGACAUGCGACAAUGUAUCUUGUAUGACGGUCCAGGUCCUGAUGCCAAACUUAUCGGAAUCGAGUACAUGGUUACUCCAAAGCUGUACGAAGAACUUCCCCAGGACGAGCGCAAGUACUGGCACUCGCAUGUCUUUGAAGUCAAAUCCGGAAUGCUGAUUAUGCCCGGUCCUACGGCCCCGGGUCUGGCCACAGCCUGGGAGGCGGCGGAGAAUGAGGAGAUGAAGGAGGUCGUCCAUCUGUACGGCAAGGUGUAUCAUCUGUGGCAGACAGAUCGUGGCGACAAGCUGCCAUUGGGUGAGCCAAAACUGAUGACGAGUUUCACCAGCGAGGGUCAGUUCGAUUUCGCGAAGGCAGUCGGAGACAGAGAUAGACGGUUUGGUUCGGACUACAAGCGAAAGAGGGAGGCCAGGGCACAUAUCGAGGAGCCGAGAAUUCAUCCCGAUGCUGACCAGGCUUGGAAACGGAGAAAUUCCCUAUGA